AAACAAAGGAGCAAUUUGCUGUCACAUUUCCUCAUGAGCACACACUCUGAAUUGACAGCAUUGAUGGUGGCAGUGAAAAGGCUUUCUCAUCAUCAGAUAAAAGGCUGUAAGAUGUAAGGAGCAAAGAGUCACAUGUUAACUGUGUAGAUCCAGAGAUUCUUCAGUCACUGAUGGCAUAUUCCCUGCGAUGUCUUUACCUGUAGCUGAAUAUAUAUUUAUUUCAUAUUCCUCAUGACUUGUUUAAAGACUGUUGUACUGAAACAGAUGAAGAUGUGUAGUGAUGGUGUAUAAUGAAACACUGAAGCAGACUGAUCAUCUGUUUGAUAUUAGACAGCAGAUGACCUCCUCUUCCUGUUUCAUUUAGAUCAGAUUUGCAUGGAAAAUCAAUGCUGAAUAGAAAUAACAUUUCUAUCCAGUCCAAUUCUAUUUUAUUCUAUUCUGCCUGUUCUAGAUCCAGUUCUCUUCUAUUCUUUCCUGUCAUAUUCUAUUCUAUUCUAUUCUAUUCUAUUCUAUUCUAUUCUAUUCAAUUCCCUUUUGCACUUUUUAAGACAGGAAAGAGCUAUUCUAUUCUGCUCUCUUUUAUUCUAUCAUAUUGUAUAUUUCCUCUAUUCUAUUUGUUCUAUUCUAUUCUAUUCCCUUUUGCACUUUUUAAGACAGGAAAGAGCUAUUCUAUUCUGCUCUCUUCUAUCAUAUUGUAUAUUUCCUCUAUUCUAUUUGUUCUGUUCUAUUCUAUUCUAUUCUAUUCUAUUCGGCCUAGAUCUGUCCCGUUCUCUUUUCUUCUAUUGUGUCAUAUUCUAUUCUUUCCUGUCAUAUUCUAUUCUAUUUUGCAGUUUUUAGGAUAGGGCUAAUCUGUUAUAUUCUGCCAUAUUCUGUUAAUUCCUGUCCUAUUGUAUUCCAUUGUGAUGUUUUUUGGUCUAUUAUAUUCCAGAUCUAUCUAUGACAUAUUCUAUUAUUUAUUGUCAUAUUCAAUUUUAUUCUAUUCUUUAGAAUAAAAUUCUAUUUUGUUCUUUCCUUACUUGUUUAUUAUGGUCUAGAACUAUUGCCUCCUUUUCAGUCAUAUUCUAUUACUUUCUGUCAUAUUCUAUUCUAUUUAUUUUAGGACUAUUCUAUUCUCAUUGGUUCUAUUCUAUUCUAUUUUGCCGUUUUUAGGACUAUUCUAUUCUAUUCUUUCCUGUCCAGUUUAGAUCCAUUUCCUUCUAGUCUAUUGUGGCAUAUUUUAUUAUUUUAUUUCUGUCAUAUUCUAUUUUAUUCUUUCCUUAUUCAUUUAUUUUGAUCUAGAAUAGAUCUAUUCCCUUCAGUUCUGUUCUGUUAUAUUCGAUUAAUUUCUGUCAUAUGUUAUUCUAUUCUUAAAUUUCAUGUCUGGUCUAGAUCUAUUUCCUUCCCUUCUUUCCUAUUUUAUUGUGUUCUGUCAUAUUUUAUUAUUUGUUGUCAUAUUCUAUUCUGUUGUAUUUUGCAGUUUUUGGGCCGGGACUAUUCUAUUCUAUUCUAUUCAAUUCUAUUCUAUUCCUUCCUGUCUGGCCUAGAUAUAUUCCCUUCUCUUUUCUUCUAUUGUCAUAUUCUAUUCUGUUCUAUUUUGUAGUUUUUAGGACUAUUCUAUUCUAUUCUAUUCUAUUCUUUCCUGUCCAGUUUAGAUCCAUUUCCUUCUAGUCUAUUGUGGCAUAUUCUAUUCAUUUCUGUCGUAUUCUAUUUUAUUCUUUCCUUAUUCAUUUAUUUUGAUCUAGAAUAGAUCUAUUCCCUUCAGUUCUAUUCUGUCAUAUUCUAUUCAUUUCUGUCAUAUGUUAUUCUAUUCUUAAGUUUCAUGUCUGGUCUAGAUCUAUUUCCUUCCCUUCUGUCCUAUUUUAUUGUGUUCUGUCAUAUUUUAUUAUUUCUUGUCAUAUUCUAUUCUGUUGUAUUUUGCCGUUUUGGGGCUGGGCCUAUUCUAUUCUAUUCAGUUAAAUUUUCAUCUGUUUUAUAUCUGUUCUAUUCUGUCCUAUUCUGUCCUGUCCUAAAACUGAAAAAUGGGCUGUAAUACUUUGUGUGAAAAUGUAUUUUGAAUAGAGUUGUGAUAAGACAUUUUCCGGCUCCUGAUGGUCUUCUCCUGUCAUUCAGCUUGCAGUGACGUGAUUCACUAAGAGUGUAAAUUGAGAAGCAUUUCAGGUUUAAUCAAUGGGACACUAAUCUGAUUGAACAAAUCCAGCAGUCAGUCUCUCAGUCUGAUGGUCUGAUCUUCACAGGAUUGUUGACUGAACUAGUCAAGACAAUCCAGAGCUCUGCUAAACCCCCAGGCUUAUGACCUGGAUAGCACUACAUGCGGAAUAAAACCAAGCCUAGAAUAAAGAAACAUGGCUGCCCAGACCACGUGCAGCACAUCAGAAGUGAAUGGGAGGAGUUAGGAAGGGCUUGUUUUCUGGGACGUGAUGUGCAGCAUGGUCAUUGUUCAAACAAGAAAGAUCUUCAAGAGGAGGGCUUCCUCAGGCUGUUUAUGUCGAGCCAGAAACACAAGCUCCCCAGCUCCUCAGCCCAUCACAUCGCUUUCCCAGUGGAGCAGGAAGGCCUCACCAAGGUAAUGGCUCCUGUAUCCAUCAGCGCUGCUUGGAGAAUUCUCAUCAGACGAAGCAGAGCGUUGCCCUGGUGACGCAACCGACAUGUCUGAUUGGGCGUUGGCUGCUCUUGGUCUGCUGAGAUAAGUGCAUUUCAGUUUGGGUGGAGAGAGAAGUGGGUGGGGUCUUCUAGACAGCAUGCAGGGAAAGAGAGACGACGAGGACUGAGGAGAACGGGAGUAGGAUGACAGGAAGUCUGGAUCUAUCAGCGUAGGAUUUCCUCUUCAUCACAGAGCUGGAGCUGAGGUGGAAUCCUGAUUUGUGUAACUGGAAGAACAAAGAAGGGAGUUUUAUUGUUUUCCUCAGUCAUGCAGAAGGCAGGGACGGCCCCGUCUUCCCGGGGUCCAAGUGCUCCUGGAUCCCCAGCCACCUCUAUUGUGGCACGAAUGGACAAUCAGGUCAUUGGAUAUAAAGACUUGGCUGCCAUUCCCAAAGACAAAGCCAUACUUGAGGUGGAACGGCCAGAUCUGAUGGUGUACGAGCCGCAUUUCAAUAUCUCAGCCCUAGAUCGAAUGGGUCUCUCCAGAAGCAGAGAGAGAUCAAUGUCACCUCAUUCUAUCUCGCCCCCUCCUUCCCCUGAGAUAUUUGCCUCAAAGGAGUCGAAGGAAUGGCCAGAGCAGGGGUCUCCAGGAGGGUCUAACAUGGGCUCCACGGUGCAGCUCCGCAAAAUCAGCUCUGCCUCCAAAGGCCCCAUGCAGCACUUCCACAGGCCAGACAGUGGCACCAACAUCUAUAAGAAGCCACCAAUUUACAAACACGACAGAGAGACUGUAACAUCUCAUAAUAAACAGGAUGUCAUCAUUGAGUCCUCCAAGUUCCCAGCAGCCCAACCACCUGAUCCUAACCAGCCUUCAAAGAUAGAGACAGAGUACUGGCCCUGCCCACCCUCUCUAGCUACUAUGGAGAUCGAGUGGAGGAAGAAGGCAGCCGAGCAGGGAAAACCAGUGGAGGACGAUGAGUUUGAAGACCUGACUGAAGAUGCAAAGAGACUCCAAGAACAGGAACUACAGAAGAUACAGUCCAACUUAGGCAAAUUGAUCCUGAAGGAGGAAAUAGAGAAAUCAGUGCUCAUCCGCAGAAAAACACGUUCCCUGCCAGAUGGGACAAACAUACAUUUGGGAUCAUCAGCCAGUGCUACUAAAUCUGCCUCUUUACCUCCUUGCAGUAGAACAGGCCUCACAAGGCUGCAGUCCGCAGACUUUACCUCCACAGACAAUGGCAAAGUAAAAACAGGUGUACAGAAUGGCGAUUCACAGAGUGGGAGAAUGGACAGAGGAAACUCUCUUCCUAGUAUUCUGGAACAGAAGAUAUAUCCAUAUGAAAUGCUAAUUGUGACCCACAGAGGGCGCAGUAAACUUCCUCCAGGUGUUGACAGAACCAGAUUAGAGAGGCAUCUGUCUCCAGAAGAGUUCCAGAGCUUAUUUGGAAUGUCCAUCACAGACUUUGAUCGUCUGUCACUAUGGAAACGGAAUGACCUGAAGAAGAAAGUGUCCCUUUUCUAACAUUUGGACAUUUUGGACUUGGACACUGAAACACUCUCCCUCCAGAGACGCUAGUAAUAUCCACUCUAAUCUAAUACGGAUGCUAUGCAGACAUUUCAAGAUAAGCAAAGAAGGUGACGCAGCAUUACAAGAUGUUAUUUCAAUCACAUAUACAGCAGUCUCUCUCUCUCUAUAUAUGUCUCUGGUGUACAUAAUAAAGACAGGAUGAAGAUUCUCACAUCCCCUACUGUCGCUCCAUAUCUGAAAACUGGGAUUAUUAGUGAUGGAAUAUCAAUUUCAUAAACUGCUCCAGCCCUUUCUUUACGCCUUAUGUCUAUUUCAAAUUCUUAAAGUGCCCAGAGAAGUUUAUAAUAAUAGGCCUAUAUAUUUACACAAAGUUUAAAUCGUAAACCAUCACUUUUUUCAACUGUGUUCACUGAUAUUACACUAUAAACUUAAUUUAUUGUAUCCCAAACAUGUAUGGCACUGUACAUAUACUAUGUUAUUUUUGUCUAUUCCUGGUGUUGAUUCAGUUCAGCUUUAACAAUCACUAGAGGAACAUUUCUAACACCUAGAAGAAAUCAAAUGUUCUUUAUCAUUCAUUAAAAAAUGCAUGGACACUGAGUCUACAUAAUUUAUUGAGUUUUACCGAUAAAAGGCACUGCGAUAUAUGACUCCUAUUCAUGCUAAUAGCAGCAGUGUUAUUUUGUAGACUAAUAUGAAAUAUCUAAGCUCAGGCUCACUGGAAAGCUCUGGCUUUUGGUUCUCAUACACUGUUCGUGCUUCAUGCAGUAGGUUGUAAUUACUGAACAACACUAGAAGAUCUUUGUUCCACACAAAGCCACUAACAAUCCAUUUACUUGGAUUUUGAUGUCGAUGCAUACCUGCCUAGUUGCAUACCUGCUAUAGUUGGUCUCCAUUGUGGUGUCUUUUAAAAUGGCAUAGGUGUUAUCAAAUCAUGCACUGCUUAAAUGGAGACUGUCCAACGAUUAUGUGUCUGGUCAUAGUUGUGUGCCUCAUCACCGUUUUUCUGUAACAAGUUUUUCUGUAAUGUUGAAAAAAUAAAAGCUUCAUGUUA